AUGGAGCAGCUUAUAGGCGGGGUAGAUGAGAGUGAAGGAGAGGAGGCGCGGAGGGGUCAGCGUGGCAGCGGCAGUGGCGCCUUAGAAGGCGAGGCUGCUCCCAGGGCAACGGACGACUCUGCAAUGCGGGGUGACACUAUCGAGUUCCAAGUCACCUUCCGGGGGCAGCGCGUCUCCUUGCGCAUGCACCCGCGCUCCCCGCUGCUUGCGCUCUCCGCGUGCCUUUGCGCGAAACUUUCGGUCGAUCCCGCCACGCUGAAGCUCAUGGUCCGCGCGCGCGCGACUACCGGAACCGGCUCGGCGACUGUUGCGACGGCGUCUGCUGCCAAGUCGCAGGCGACGCCGUCCCUCCUGCGACUGAGCGACCCAUCCGUCCGCCACCGCGCGCUCAGCGACGCGGGAAUCGCGCACGGCUCGCAGGUCACUCUGCUGGCUUCCACCGUCGCUGACGUGGCGGCGGUGUCCGCGCUACAGGCGGGCCCGCAGGCGGCCGCGUCGCAGCGCGUGAUCGGGUUCGAGGAGGAGAUUGAGCGGGCGAUUCGGCGCGGCGCGGCGGACGCAGGCGGGGGAAGCGAUCAUAGUGUGAAGGAGCGUGUUACUCUGCCCAAGGGCCCUUACACCUUCCACGACUUCCGCACAUGGCAACUUCCUGGAAGUGAGAUGCGGCCUCCCGUGUGUGAGGCGCUGGCGCUGCUGCACCGCCUAGCAGCGGACCCGGGGAUAGUGGCAGUCAUGCACAAGCACCGCUGGUCUGUGCGGCUUUUGAGCGAGCUGCCUCCGGAGGGCCUCGUGGGAGUGUCGCCCGUGUGCCUGCUGGGCUUUAACAAGAACCGCGGAGAGGAGGUGUGUCUGCGGCUGCGCACGGACGACCUCAGGGGCUUCCGCAAGUACCUCGCCAUCCGCCGCACCCUCAUUCACGAGCUCGCGCACAUGGAGGUGGAUGAGCACAACGCGCAGUUCAAGGCACUCGAUAGCAAGCUGAGCAAGGAGGUGGAGGCGUCAGACUGGACUCGCUCCGCCUCACACUCUACAUCUGCCUCCUCCCUCUCGCACCUUCUCUCCAACCCUCCUCCCUCGUCGUUGCAUUCGCACAGCACGACUGCUGCACCUCGCACGCUGCUGCUGGUGGCGCCUGCUGCCCCAGCAGCUGCGGCGGCGGCGGCAGCAGCAGAGGCAAGAGCGCAGGCAGCAAUAGCAGCGGCAGCGGCAGCAAGAGGAGGUGAAGCAGGAGCACCUGCAGCAGCAGCAGAUUCUAUGAAAGCAAGGCCCCAAUUAUCCGCAGAAGCAGAAGCAGGGGGCACAAGAGACGGGAAGAGGACGAGAGAGUCAACGCAGGAAAGGACAAGAGAAGCCAGUCAUUGUGGGGACGCUGGGCGGCACAGUGGGUGCAUGGCAGCAGAAGAUUCAUGUGCGAUGCAAGAUUGUGCUACAGCAGGGCAUGCAGGGAGCACUCUGGUGCUGCCCUGGGUGCAAGGAGAUGGUACCAGUACUGGCAGCAGGGAAACAGGCAGUGAGCUUGGGAGUAAGGAUGGAGGUGGGAUUGGGGAUUGUGGUGUUGGUGGAGGUGGGAAUAUAGGAGCGAGAACAACUACAGCAACAGCAGGAACAGAUGCAGCAGAUAUAAGGGCAGCAGAAAUAGCGACAGCAGCAGAAGCAGCAGCAGCAGGACCAGAGACAGCCACUGCAGCAGUCGCAGCGGUGGGAGCAGUAGCAGCAGAAGCAGGAGCAUCAGCAUCAGGGGAUGGAGGCGGUGGAGAGGAGGACAUGGCAGCGGCCAUAGGGGAGGAGGUGGCGCACGUGCAUGCAGCAUCGCAUGAGGCAACGCACAGGCUGGUGGCUCUCAGGGAGCAGCUGCGGCAGGAGGUGCCGGACUCACAGGAGUUCCGCACCGCUCUCUCCACACUCUCACGAAUCGUCAACAACGCCAGACGGUAUCCCCACGAUACCAAGUACCACCGCAUUCGACCGGCCAAUCCCAAGUUCCACAGCAGUGUCGGCAGGUUCACAGCGGCAGUGGCCAUUCUCGAGGCGGCAGGAUUCCGCAGGGGGCAUGACAGGGUGAAUGAGAGUGGGGGUGGGGGUGGGGGUGGGGAUGGGAGUGCGUAUGAGGAAGUGCUACUGCUGCACUGCUACGACCCUGUGCUCCUGUGGCUCGCAGCAGACGUUCUGGAUGCUGCUUGA